CCACCAGGAGGCCACCACCACCUUCCCCUGCUGCAUGUUCACUGCCUGCCUCAGUGCCUCUCCUAGUCUCCUCUCCCGUCCGGCCAUCCCCUCUCCUCUCUUCCAAGUUCCAACGCAGCUCACCACUACUUCUCCUCAUCGUCCCUCCAGUUCAUCGUCUCCGUCUGCAGGGCUUAAAUACUACAACAAAGCGAUUGCGGCGGUGGCGGCCGGCUCAGCGAUUUCUCCACCAGGACCAUCACCGCUGCCUUCUUGGCCUCUUGGGCGGCGGCACUGCGGCAUUGUCGGUCCAGAGCAGCGCUGGUUCCUGAACUGGGCGCUUGCGCUGAGCUCUCCCUGCCCUGCUGCCGGAGGCAAUGAGGAGGAGCGGCCGUGCCUGCUCCGUUCUUGCGUCGCUCCUGCUGCUGCUGUGGCUGGGCGUCGCCGCCGCGCAGAAGGCCUCGUCUUGGAAGACAUUGAGCGGCAAGGCUCCAGCAAUCGUAGCCAAGGGUGGAUUUUCCGGGCUAUUCCCCGAUUCAAGCGAAUAUGCUUAUCAAUUUGCUCUGGUCGCUAGCUCGCCGGAUACAAUACUGUACUGCGAUGUGCGGCUGACCAAGGAUGAGAUUGGCAUUUGCCUGCCGGACAUCAGGAUGGAUAACUGCACAAACAUUCCAGAUUUCUAUGCGCAGGGUCAGAAGAGCUACCUCGUCAAUGGUGUGCCUACCUCGGGAUGGUUCUCGGUGGACUACAAUGGCACUGAGCUUGGACAAGUAACUCUCAAGCAGUCAAUCAAUUCUCGGACGCCCAGAUUUGAUUCAAGUUUCUUUGCGCUACUUGCUGUUGAAGAUGUGCAGUCCAAGUUCAAACCUCCAGGAAUUUGGCUCAAUGUUCAGCAUGACAGUUUCUACAGCCAGUUCAAUCUAAGCAUGAGGAAUUAUAUCAUUUCUGUAUCUAAGCGUGUUGUUGCCAAUUAUAUCUCAUCACCUGAAGUGAGCUUCCUCACCAGCAUACUUGGAAGAAUUAGCAACAAAACAAAGCUUGUGUUCCGCUUUCUUGAUGAGAGCACUCUCGAGCCAUCUAUGAACCAGACAUAUGGCUCCAUGAUGAAAAAUCUUACAUUUGUUAAGACAUUUGCAUCUGGGAUACUUGUCCCAAAGAGUUAUAUUUGGCCUAAUUCACCAGACAAUUAUCUGCAACCAUACACUUCAGUUGUUGAUGAUGCUCAUAAAGCAGGCUUGGAAAUCUAUGCUGCUGAUUUUGCAAAUGAUUUUCUGCUCAGUUACAACCACAGCUAUGAUCCCUUAGCAGAAUAUCUCUCAUUCAUUGAUAAUGAUGUCUUCUCAGUUGAUGGUGUAUUGACUGAUUUCCCUGUCACAGCAUCAGAGGCAAUUGGAUGUUUUACCAAUUUAAACAAAAGCAACACUGAUCAUGGAAAGCCUUUAAUUAUAUCACACAAUGGUGCUAGUGGGGAUUACCCAGGGUGCACUGAUCUAGCUUAUCAAAAAGCAGUUGAUGAUGGUGCAGAUGUCAUUGAUUGCCCUGUUCAAGUGACCAAAGAUGGAAUACCAAUAUGCUUGUCUUCCAUUGACCUAAUGACCGAUACUACUAUUGCAAGAUCGCAAUUCAUCUCUCAGACUGCCACGAUAAAGGAUAUUCAGAUUGCACCAGGGGUUUUUAGUUUCAACCUCACCUGGGAUGACAUUGUAAAGAACCUGAAACCCAAAAUAUCCACCCCAUGGACCAACUUCAAAUUGGACCGAAAUCCGAGAUAUAGGAAUGCAGGAAAGUUCGUGAGGCUAUCAGACUUUUUGGAGUUCACAAAAGAUAAAGAUUUGUCUGGAAUCAUGAUCAGUGUAGAGCAUGCUGCCUUCCUGGCAGGGGAACUUGGGUUUGACAUGGUCGACAAAGUUAUCAAAGCCCUCGACGAUGCUGGUUACCAUGAACAAACUGCCCAGAAAGUUAUGAUUCAGUCAGCCGAUAGUUCAGUUCUAGAGAAGUUCAAGGAGCAAACAAAGUAUGACCUUGUGUACAUGAUCAACAAAGAAGUCGGGGACGCUGCACCUUCCUCGCUCGCGGACAUUAAAAAGUUUGCUAGUGCCGUUUCCGUUGAUACUAGCUCUGUCUUCCCUGAAACCCACUACUUCACAGUGUAUGAAACCAAUCUUGUCCAGACACUGCAGUCGGCAGGCCUCUCGGUCUACGUUUAUACUCUUAUGAACGAGUUUCCGUCUCAGCCAUACGACUUCUUCUCAGAUGCUACAGCGCAGAUUAAUGCCUAUGUCAAGGGUGCUCUCGUGGAUGGGCUAAUCACGGAUUUCCCUGCUACAGCUCGAAGAUACAAGGUGAACAGUUGCAUGAACAUGGGGAACAAUACGCCGAAUUUCAUGGCCCCUGUUCAUCCCGGUGAUCUCAUGCAAAGCAUUAGCAGGAGUGCGCAGCCACCAGCAUUGGCUCCCAUUCCGCCCUUGACCGAGUCCGAUGUGGCACAGCCGCCUUUGCCUCCUGCCAGAUCAAACAGCAGUACAGUUCCGACGCAAUCACCCGCGAGCAGGACGCAUGCCUGUGCUGCUCACAUCCCAGUCCUUGUCACACUGGCAAUACUUUGCACUUGGCGUUCCCUGGUCUGAGCUUGCAAUGCAGGCAGAGCUGGAGCACCGAUCUACUAAUCAGAUAUUCUUCCCCACCUGUAGCAGUAGUUCGUUUGUUCAGUGAAUUUGCAUCUAGGGGUCUGAUGCGGAAUGCCUAUGACACUCCUGUGAGCUCUCCCUGCUGACAUUUCAGUACAUAUAUACUAUGUGGGAUGGGUAAUAUAUUUUCCAUUUCUUCUUCUCAAGACUAUUGACCAUGUCCUCACAAAGAAAUUAGGCUAUGGUCAUAUGUAAGCAAGUAAGCAACUCAGAUUGCAUAGUUGUAUGCUAUCUGUUUGAGCCUAUGAGCCAUGAACUGUUAUGUUCUGAACGGCUGAGAAAUAUGAAAGGAUGGAUGUGUUUCCGGGUGGACU